GAACCCCGCACCUCCACCCCCUGCCCUACCCACCCAAAGGCGUGACCGAGAAGACGCGAGAGAGCUCGGAGAUGGCGGCGGACGAGCUGCGGCUGGAGCUGGAGGAGCUGCGGCGUCUGCAGGGACUCGCCAAGCGCCCAUACGUCCAGUCCCUCCUGGCCAGCGAGAUCCGCAACGUCGACGCCAAGUUAGCGAAGGCGGCUGCUCUGGCGCCGGCCCCGGCGCCACAGGUCGCGGUUUCCGCGCCCGCGGCGGCUGCACCUGCUGGCUUGAGCUAUGUCACGUUGGGGUCGUUCAGCUGGGAUCAGGACGACGAGAAGAUCAGGAUUUAUGUGUUCCUUGAGAGUGUCGAGCAAGAGAAGGUGGAGGCUACUUUUAAGCCAAUGUCAGUGGAUAUAAAGUUUCAUGAUGUUAAAGGAAAAAAUUACCGUUGUGCUGUACCAAAGCUGAAUAAGGAAAUAGUUCCUGAAAAAUGUAAGGUUGUGGUGAAACCUACAAAGAUUGUUAUUACCCUUUGCAAAGUUUCUAAAGGCAACUGGUUGGACCUGCACUUCAAGGAAGACAAGUUCAAGCCAAGCAUGGACAAGGAGAAGGAUCCAAUGUCGGGAAUUAUGGACUUAAUGAAGAACAUGUAUGAUGAGGGCGACGAAGAUAUGAAGCGCACAAUAGCUAAAGCAUGGUCUGAUGCAAGGUCUGGGAAGACUGCUGAUCCAAUGAAGGGAUUGCCUUGAGCUGGUUAGCCUUGGUUGGACGCACCUGUCUGCUGAAGUACCCCGUACAUGGUUGUGACAACGUCUAUCUCCAUGAUGUGUUCGACCCAAACACUGUCUUCUAGGUGCUACUGCUGGAUUGUCUCGUUACUGAAAGUUGGACGCGGCAGGCGUAUUUAAGUACCUUCUUUUGAACGAAGAAAAGACUAUCCAAAGUUCCUGGAAAUCUCAUGUUUGUGUAUAAUUUUGGCCUGUCUGUUUGCUGAAAAGUUUCUACGGACAGGAUGAAGUUACCAUUUGAAUUUC